AUGUUGAGUCGAGACAAAGGCUGCUUGGAGUCUCUGGGCGGCCUUGAAGAAAUGCAUAAAAUAGCUGCCUCCGGGGUCGAAGUUGAGCAGAUUUCUCCUCAUGGGCUCUAUGGCCACAUCAUCCACAACAGCGUCGAGAGAGGCAUUCCGCUGAGCUUGUCCAUGAAUCUCCUAGGCGUGCGAUCGGGUCCAACACUUGGCCAGAAGACGUCGGGGGCGAUAAGCGGCAUGAACGGCCUAAUUUCGGGCCCUCGAAGCGGCUUUUUGACGACGGGUGGCCUAUGGAACCCUCUAAGUCCCACUUUCGAAGGUCAUAUUGGAUCGACGAUUGAUGCCCUCGUCCUCUUCGAGGCCUCUACGGAACUGUCGGGCUUACCCAGAGGCGAAUGCGGCGACGCUAUCGGUGGAGUCGGCAGGUUGGACCCCAUGUAA